AAAUAUUACCUGUCGCCUGUUUCUCUUCUGUAAGAGUUUCAACAACAUUGUGAUUUGUGAUUUGUGAUUUGUAUAUAAACCAAAACCGACUUUGGGUUAUGUUUGUUUAUGAUCUUGUACAAUUUGAUGUUUGAUUGUGUGGUAGAAUUGAAUUUUUGAAAUUUAACUAUAAAAGAAAGUGAUAUUUAUAUUAUACCAUUCAUUUUUUAAACGGUAGAUUUAAUGUAGUGCGGUAUGUAUCUAGUGUUGUGCGUAACUGUGUUCUGUUGAGGUUUAUGCACUCACAAUUGUAUAAAACACUGAGUGUUUCUUGUAUGAACUCUCAUAUAAGGCCGCAUCAUGACCUCAAUAAUCAAGGUGCAUGCCCUGUCAGGGGCCAUGGAUGAGUCUCCACCUUGCUACAUAUUGCAGGUAGAUGAAUUCCGAAUAUUGCUGGACUGCGGGUGGGAUGAGACCUUUGACCAAGAUUUUAUCAAGGAGCUCAAAAAGUACGUCAACCAGAUAGAUGCAGUAUUACUGUCAUACCCAGACCCCCUGCAUCUGGGGGCGUUACCCUACAUGGUAGGGAAAUGUGGGCUCAGUUGUCCCAUCUACGCCACUAUCCCUGUCUAUAAGAUGGGCCAGAUGUUCAUGUAUGACCUAUACCAGUCACGGCAUGACAUGGAAGAGUUUGACAUGUUUACACUCGAUGAUGUUGACGCAGCCUUUGAUAAAAUUGUACAGCUAAAGUAUAAUCAAAGCAUCAAUAUGAAAGGAAAAGGCUACGGGAUAACGAUAACGCCACUGCCCGCUGGCCACAUGAUCGGGGGAACUAUGUGGAAGAUCAUGAAGGUAGGAGAGGAAGACAUUAUCUAUGCUGUGGACUUUAACCACAAAAAGGAGAGGCACCUGAAUGGCUGCGAGUUAGAGCGACUCCAGCGGCCAUCUCUGCUCAUAACUGACGCCUUCAAUGCCACCUACCAGCAGGCCAGGCGUAGGGCGCGUGACGAAAAGCUCAUGACGAAUAUACUGCAGACACUGCGAAACAAUGGGAACGUGCUGGUAACAGUGGAUACAGCCGGGCGAGUGCUAGAGUUAGCACACAUGUUGGACCAGUUGUGGCGUAACAAAGACUCGGGCCUGCUGGCCUACUCGCUUGCUCUGCUUAACAAUGUCAGCUACAAUGUUGUGGAAUUUGCAAAGUCCCAGAUUGAAUGGAUGAGUGACAAACUGAUGAGAAGUUUUGAAGGUGCUCGCAACAACCCGUUCCAGUUCAAACACGUUCAACUCUGCCACAGCAUGGCUGAAUUGAAUAGGGUCUCCAGUCCCAAGGUGGUGCUGGCUAGUUCUGCAGAUAUGGAAUGUGGCUUCUCCCGGGAACUGUUCCUGCAGUGGUGUACCAAACCCAACAACAGCAUCAUCAUUACAAAUAGGACAUCUCCCGGGACCCUUGCUCGGGAACUGGUGGACGGCGGAGGUAACAGAACCAUACAAGUGGAGGUCAAGAAGAGGGUACGGUUGGAAGGUGCAGAACUGGAGGAAUAUUUGCAGAAGGAACGAGAAAAAGAAAAGGAAAAAGAAAAAGCAGAGUUGGAUGUGUACCUGAGCUCAGACUCGGAGGAUGAACUGGAGUUAGCAGCUAUCAGAGGUAAACAUGACCUGCUAGUGGUCAAAUCUGAAGCUAUUAAGGGGCAAGCUGGUAGUGGCUUCUUCAAGACUAGCAAGAAACAACAUCCCAUGUUCCCCUUCUAUGAGGAGAAGAUCAAGUUUGAUGAGUAUGGAGACAUUAUCAAGCCGGAAGAUUACAAACUAGCAGAUGCCUCAAUGGAAGUUGAAGAAAAUAAAGAGAAUGUUGACCAAAAGGAAGAGGAUUUGACCGUGGACAUAACAGAAGUGCCAACCAAGUGCGUCAAAUAUACACGCCAGGUUAACGUGCAGGCGCAGGUGCAGUUUAUUGACUUUGAGGGUCGCUCUGACGGCGAGUCCAUCCAAAAGAUCCUGACAGCACUGAAGCCUCGGAGGUUAAUCCUGGUCCGAGGCACUCCUGAAAGCACACUCGCUCUGGAGGCGCAUGCCAAGCAGCGCACAGAUGCGAGAGUGUUUGCGCCUUCACGUGGGGAGGUGGUAGAUGUCACCACUGAAACAUAUAUCUACCAGGUGAGACUAACAGAUGCUCUCGUGUCUUCCUUGGAGUUCAAGAAAGCCAAAGAGACAGAAUUGGCAUGGCUGGAUGCUGUCAUGGUGACCAGGAGCAAAGCUGUUGCCAAACCCAUGUCUGAGGGUAUGGAGACUGAUGGUGCAGCUCCAGAUUCAAGUGUAACUGAAGAAGUGGAAUCUGAAUCCCCUGAGGAUGAGAUAUACACUCUAGAACCAAUCCCUACACACGAGAUUGUAGGACAUCAGCCGUCUUUCAUUAACGAGCUAAAGCUGUCAGACUUCAAGCAGGUCCUGACCAAGUACAACAUCAGUUCUGAAUUUUCUGGUGGAGUUCUGUGGUGCUGCAACAAUACUGUGGCUGUGAGACGGCAUGAAGCUGGAAGGGUGACGCUGGAAGGUUGCCUGUCAGAGGAUUACUACAGAGUGAGAGAGCUACUGUAUGAGCAGUACGCUAUAGUCUGAGUGUAUGGUUACUUAACUAUUGUGUUUUAUCUAUUGUACAUAUAGUAUUGGUGUUGAACAUUAAUGUGAGAUUAAUAAACUACGCUGAAAUAUAUCAAUUAUUUUUAUUAAGUUAAGUACGUUUUUAUGUGUUUACUAUUGUAUUUUUUACACGUUACUGUAUUAUAGUUAUAAAUAUAUGUUAUUUUCAUGAAAUUUA